UUCACAUCCGAUGCAAACUGAUAAGAAACAACCGUUGCGUUGCGCCAAUAAUGAAUCUCCUUUUAGCUGAUUCCAGACAACACUCAAUGCUAUGACCUGUCAGAGGCAAUUUAGAACGCUUCGGAAGAACGAGAUGCAUGGCCCGCAGUGGUGGCGGCAGCGCAUGCAAUCGCCGCUCAUCGAAGAACAAUCAUUGAUUCCUCCGCCUCCGGUAUCUGAGGGAUCCGCGUUUUUACGCAUUGUCAUCUGUGCUGUCAUCAAGCCGCCUAUCAACUUCAAUGCGUGAUUCUGGAGGAUUUUUCCCUGCUCCCGGGUGCAGGUGGGCCUCUUAUCUUGGGCACAGUACUGUGAUGUCCAUUGGCUGCACGAAGCCUGUCAUAGAACCGUUAAAUAUCAUGUCUGGAAUGCUACACUGGGGAGCUCGCGAUCAUCUUCAACACUAAGACAUUUACUGGAAUCGACAUCAUGGGGAGUGACGCACGAAAAUGGUCCUGGAAACCUUCGUUUUUGAAGAAGUCAAGUGGACCAACGCAGGACUCUACCCCCAACGAGAGGACAUCUUUACUGCCUCCAUCGGACGCUUACGAUGACGGAGAUACUUACGAAAAUGAAGCCAAAGAAACUGAAUUCCAACUCAUUCUCAGAGAGCUCUGGAUACUUUUCAAGGGAUCCAUUCCAGUCGUCCUUGCUUAUGCACUCCAGAAUUCACUCCAGACGGUGUCUGUCCUGAUCGUUGGACGACUAUCUCCGGAAGCCCUAGCCACUGCUGCAUUUUCAUACAUGUUUGCAAUGGCAACGGCCUGGCUGGUGGCAUUGGGUGGUACCACAGCUAUUGACACCCUGGCAUCCGCAAGUUUCACCGGCAGCAAAAACCGACAUGACCUUGGUAUCAUCCUGCAACGUUCGUUCGUUGUUCUCACAUUGAUUUAUAUCCCAAUUGCCAUCCUCUGGAUCUUUUCAGCACCACUAUUCAGAGCACUCGGCCAAGAAGAGUAUAUUGCGAGAGAUUCCGCCAAAUUCCUGACUGCUUUAGUUCCUGGUGGAUUUGGAUACAUUUACUUCGAAGCAAUGAAGAAAUACCUCCAAGCUCAAGCUAUCAUGAGACCUGGUACCUACGUUCUUCUGAUCACUUCUCCGAUGAGCGCUGGCCUCAACUAUCUAUUUGUUUAUACGUUCAAGUUCGGUCUCCUGGGCGCACCACUUGCCACCGGCGUUGCAUACUGGGCUUCAUUCCUUCUCCUCCUCGCCUACGCUCGCUUUGUUGAUGGUUGGGAAUGUUGGGGAGGAUGGAGCCGCGCAUGUCUCCAAAACAUUUGGACAUUUGCACGACUUGCACUGAUGGGAGUCAUACAUGUUGGAACUGAGUGGUGGGCAUUUGAGGUCGUUGCUCUGGCGGCAGGAAGACUUGGAACGAUUCCACUCGCAUCGCAGAGUGUUAUCAUGACCACGGACCAGGUCAUGAACACGAUCCCAUUUGGUGUCGGUGUUGCUACAAGUGCCCGCGUUGGAAACCUUCUCGGUGCACGCAAUGCUAAAGGUGCUGCGAGGUCUGCUAAUACCGCUGCUAUGCUCAGUGUGAUUCUGGGAGUUGUCGUCCUGGUUGUUCUCAUGGCGGUCAAGGAUUUCUAUGCAAAGAUCUUCAACGAUGACGUUCGAGUCAUCAAGUUGACCGCUGAGGUCAUGCCCUAUGUCGCCUUGUUCCAGAUUGCGGAUGGUCUGAACGGCAGCUGUGGAGGGUCAUUGCGAGGCAUGGGUCGGCAGCACAUUGGGGCGACAGUCAAUUUGCUUUCCUACUAUGGAGGUGCUCUACCUCUUGGAAUCUGGCUCGCAUUCCACGGAUGGGGGUUGGCCGGUCUAUGGGUUGGACAAUGCAUAGCUCUCUAUCUGGUCGGCAUAGCUGAAUGGGUGAUCGUGGCCUGGAGCAACUGGGAGCACCAGGUGGACAAGGCAUUUGCUCGGAUGGACUCGGGUGAACAAGCAGAGAGCGGUCUCGCAAGCGGAGAUGCGCUAUUCAGAGAUGGAUCUUGAUCUGUGUUGUGUUAUUACAGUUCGUCUUUGGCAUUGACCAGAGAUAGUUAUGGGGAUAUGUGACAAAGACGAGUAUGCAAUGGAAUGUGUUAGAGAAUUGACAAAACAAAGGCGAGAUAGAACCGACCACCCAUAAU